AUGAAGGCCAGUGCUCCUAAGCCCAAGUGGAGCGACGUCUCAGCAAUGAGUUCGACCACGAAAAGAUAUUGGGCCCAAUGGGACAGCUUGCUGAUUCAGGAUGGAGUCCUGUGCCGUAAAUGGGAAAAUGGUCGGGGAGACAUGUGUCAUUUGCAAAUGGUUGUCCCUAAGGCUAAAGUACCGGAUGUUCUACAGCUGUACCAUAGUGGUUGUUCAGGAGGCCACCUGGGAGUUAAACGAACUCUACUGAAGAUCCGAGAACGGUUUUACUGGGUCCACUGUCGUAACGAUGUCGAGGACUGGUGCCACAAAUGUACAAGUUGUGCGGCUGUCAAGGGACCUCAAAUUCGUAGUAGAGGCGCAUUGAAAUUGUACAAUGUUGGUGCACCAUGGGACAGGAUAGCCAUUGACGUUGCGGGCCCGUUUCCGGAAAGUGAAAGUGGUAACAAGUAUUUCAUGGUUGUAAUGGAUUACCUCACUAAGCCAGAAGUCUUCGCCAUUCCAAAUCAAAAAGCUUCAACAGUUGCAGAUAAACUAGUUCAUGAAGUCUUCUGUCGUUUUGGAGUACCUUUAGAGAUUCACAGCGAUCAAGGAAGGAAUUUUGAGUCUCAAAUAUUCCAGGAAACUUGCCGAGUUAUGGGUGCUAAUAAAACAAGAACAACUUCUUACCACCCACUAUCUGAUGGAAUGGCAGAACGAUUUAAUCAGACAUUGGAGAGGUACCUAGCAAAAGUUGUGGGAAAACGGCAACGAGAAUGGAACAGGCGCAUACAACCGUUUUUGUUGUCAUAUCGAAGCGCUGUUCACGAAAGUACAUCAGUGACACCAGCUUUCGCAAACUUUGGGAGAGAAUUACGGCUGCCUGCAGACCUGAUCACCGGAAUACCACCUGAUGCCCCACGCAGUAUAACCGAUUAUGCAAAUGACUUGCGGAACAAAAUGAAUGACAUUUAUGAGCACGUCAAACAGACGGGCCAGCAAACAUCUGAGAAGAUGAAAACACGGUAUGACCGCAAAAUUAACAACAAGGGAUUUGACGAAGGUUCACUAAUGUGGUUACACAAUCCAGUUCGCAGCAAAGGGAAAUCUCCUAAGCUUCAAGCUAAAUGGGACGGACCGUAG